AUGGAAGAUGAUUCUUAUGAUAAUUAUGGCGAAAGUUCAUCAAGUAGGGUGCCAAUAAAUAAUAAUUUGAGAUCAAUUGAAAACGAAAACGACAUCGAAUUCGAGCUUGAACCAGAUAAAGCUAAAUCUGAUAAAAAACAAACAAAACAGGAUGGAAAGUAUCGAAUUACCAAAUAUUUAUAUGUAGAUGAAAUUUUUUAUAGUAUUCUUCCUAUGGAAUAUCCUAUUACAUCAGAAAAGGGUGUAGCAAUCAUAUUUAAUGUUGAUUAUGUUAAAUCACAAGAAGAUGCUGAAAAAUUUACCGACAAUAAAGAGGAAGUGGUUGAUUGUUAUUUUUUCAAUACCAAGGUCAAAAAAUUGGCUUUCGAGUGUCAAAGUAUUAAAGCAUGCGAAUUUUUUCAAGAUAUAAAUAAAGGUCAUUGCAAUGUUGAUAUCGAUACAGAUUUCGAAUAUAUGGAUAAAACUCAAGCAGAAAUUGAGAAUAGUAAUUAUUCAAAAAAUAAUCAGGAACUCAUGAAAGAGUUGUUAGAUGCGUCAACUGAAAGGAGAAAGCUAAUUUCCAAACAAUUAAAAUUUUCAAAUGAAAAUGAUAUUGAAAAUUGGGCUGAUUAUUAUACAUCUAAUUGGGUAAUAGCUUUAUUAAACCCCGAAAAAUCAGAAAUAGAUAAAGAAAUAUGGAAUUUAUCCCCUGAUGCCAACUUAAAACGCAAAUCUAAACAAAUGAAUAUAGAAAAUUCUGUUUCUAUUCUGCAAGUAAUGCAAGAAGACAAUAUUCCAACUCAUACAAAUGACGAAUCUGAACAAAUUAAUGACGAAAUUCUUUUCUCUCCACAAGAAACAUAUAUUCAACUUCAAGAAGAGAAUACUCAAAUUCAAGAAAAAAGUGAUUUCAAAAAAAGAAAAGUUGAAAACCAAGUUGAUAAUUCCGAAAAUAUGGAUAUGGAUAUAGAUGAAGCUAAUAAAUUAGAAAUAAAAUUAAUAGAAGAACAAAUAGCGUUGUUGGAUAUUGAAAGUCAAAAAAAGAAGCUUGAAAUAGAAAAAUUAAGGAUCGAGACAAGUAAUCUAAAAAGAAGAAGAAAUAUGUAA